UUAUACCCUAACCUUCAUCCUUGCAAUUACUUAGCAAUGUCAUAUAUGGGUCCCACUGCCAUAUCAACCACUUAAGCAAUAGCUCUUUCAAGUCAUCCACAUCCUUGCAAGGUUUUAGCCAUUUCUAUUGUGGGGCCACACAUAUAUGUAUGUAUAAACAAUUCUUCCAUUAUAAAAACUAACAUUUAUAAACUAUAAAGAUAAAAUAGAAAAGGUAAAUAAAAUUCUAUGUGGCAUUGCAAGUGGAAUUGCUUAUUUAGCAAUAUUGCUAAAGUUAGCAAUUAGCUCCACAUCCUUGCAAUUGAAUUAGCAAUACCAAACACAUGCCACCUAAGUUUUAGCAAUUGCAUAUGAAAGGGGAUGGAGAUGGUCCACUUUAAACCAUAAGACCUUACCAACUCCAUCCCCAACUUUUAGCAAUUGCUAAAGAUGAGGUGGAGCUUAGAUGACAAAAACUUAGCAAUGGUUAAGGGAAGGCAAAAACAUUGCAGUAAGUGCAGUUUUACCAAUCAUAAUGCAAGAACGUGUACAGGGUCUGGGCCAUCUGAUGAUGAAAAUGACGAUGACGACGAUUACGAGCAACCUAGGGUAAGAAUAAAAUAUAAUUGUUCGUGUCUACACGAUGCAGUUGCAUCCAAUAUUUUUGUACGACUAAAAUCGUCGUUAUCGAAUUUGCAGAAGAGGUCAGUUACCAGAAGUAGCAACCUAAUGACCAGAGUUUUGGACAUUUGAGUUCUUCGGAAUACGUGUGUAAAAGGGCUGCAACUAUUUCAUCAGUGUUGAAAACUUGAAGUGAAGAUGGAAGUCCUUAUCCUAUUCGGAUUAGGAUUAUGUGAAGACUGCCACUGUCAGCUUGAAGCGACGUCGUUUGGUUUAUAAGAAGACUGCUGCCUUCUGCAGUGUCGUUUUAAUGAUGUGUCUAAUUGGUUUAUAAGAAGACUGCUGGUUUAUGCGGUGUCAUUUUAUUUAUGUGUCUCUUCGAUUAAAGAAUUUCUAAAUGGACUCAUAAAAUUACUUUGCAUUUCCAUCCCUUCCCUUUUACUGAAAAUCAAACUCCCUACCGCUGCCUCGGCCUUGGUAACGUCAGCACUGGUUAUGGGCAAAUGCGACUUUCCGAAAACGGCGAAAUCUGAUUGGGUGACACGCCGCGGCAAUGAUUGAAGCUCUUUCACCAUCAGAUUAAAAGAAAAGUUUAGGAAUUGACGGUGGGAGAUGGGGAUGUGCUUUUAGACUGCUUUGUAGAUUAACUAACUUUUUCGUUUACCAAAAUUAAUCUACUGAUUUGAUAAUGUUAUUGUAACCCUAAACCCUGAACCCUAAACCCUAAGGGCGAUAAGGGCCCACUUUAGAAAUUGCUUAUUGAUUGUCACCAUCUCCAUCCCACUUUUAGCAAUUGCUAAAGAUGAGGUGGAGCUUAGAUGGCAAAAACUUAACAAUGGUUUAGGGAUGGAGGAGUUCUUUCUAAACUAGCAAGAUUGCUAGACUAGGAAUUCUUCUAGCAAUGCCACAUAGAUAACUAUUCUCUUUUUCUAUUUUAUUGUUUUUUAACUUUUCUUGCCCAACUAAAGUAGAUAGGUACUUCAAAAUUGAAAUUAUAACUUUCUGUUCAAAACAUAAAUUAAAAGUUGAUAGUCGCUAAGUAUCAAACCACAAACCUCUACUUUAUUAACUCAGCAACUAAAGAACAAUUAACCAAUUAAGCUACAUGACAUUUAUAAUCAUCAUGUGAAAUUUCGCUUUCUUAUUAAGUGAAGGGUUAAAAUGAACGGUAAAUAUAUCAUAGUAGAUUGUUUCUGCUUCGUGGGGGAGUGAGAGAGUGGAAAAGGGGGAAUUAAUGAAGAAUUAAAUUGGACGGAUUGUCUUUACCACGCCACUACAAAAUCCUUCGGAGCAAAAACAUGUAGGUUCAAAUCAAACAAUAAAUGAAAAAAGAUGAAGUUAAUAACUCUAACUAAUUUACAUUCCAUAAGUGGCGAAUAGCUAAUGGCCGGGAUCACCAACAAGGAUAACCAACAAGGCAAAAUAGAUAAUAGGAACCUACCUUGCACACACCAAAUCAUUUUAUCUCGUACCCAUAAAUGUGUCACGCUACAAUAAUUAUGUCUAAGUUUUUUUUAGUAAUAAGGCAUGAUCAGCAUUUAUAAGCAGAUAUAAAGAAAAUAUAAAAUCGAAAAAAAAUAAAACAACACCUACCCUCACCCUUUAACCAAUCAAUUCCAUAUGCUCUAAACCAUCAACACCUUAUAACCUACCCAUAUACCAUAUACUCUAUAUCAUCAACAACCUAACCCUAAGCAGUCAGUACCCAUUUCCUUUAACAUCAACACCAUAUACAACAAUCGUAUACUUAUACGCUGAUAAAAUUUUACAUUUUAAAAAUACUUGCCCAACUAAAGUACAUAGGUACUUAAAAAGUGAAAUUCUAACUUUCGUUUCAAAACAUAAAUUAAAAAAAUUAUCUUCACUUAGUAUCCAACCACAAGCCUCUAAUUAGUCUACAAGAGGUUUGUUAUGUACGAGUGCAUUGCAUUAAGAGGGGCAAUCAGUGAGAUAGUGGAAUAGGAUCUCAAUUAAUGAAGAGUUAAAUUGGGCAGAUUGUAGUUUACCUCGUACCGCUAAAUGUGUAAAGAGACACACUAGCAUUUACCAAAUCCCAAAAAAAGAUGGAACACAUAAUUAUGUUUAAAUUGCGUGAACUCAAGGCAUGAUCAGGAUUUUAGAAACAGAAGUAGACGAAAAUAAGUAAAACAAAGAACCGCCACUGAGAUAGACAAUUAUGAAAGGCCCAAACCUAAUGACAAUCCGGAACUCAAUAUCUAUUAUCAACAAACUAGGUGUCAUGGGUAAUAUACAAGCCCACUUUUGAAUGUUAUUUAAAAGCCUGCAGAAAUCAAUAAUCAGACCCAGUCCAACUAGAAUUAGUCCUAAACGCACCGUUAAUACAUAAACACAAAUUAAGGAGACCUCUCACCCUCCAUAUGGUGGCGUCUUCGGUGCACUCACUUUUUUGGGUGCAUUCAGUGCACUCGCUUCAUAACCGUCAUUUUAAACUUGCGAUUUAUGUCAAAAAUGAUGUCAAUCAUCACUUAUGAUGUAAUGAACCAUAACACAUAUGAAUUUGCACAAAACCCAUUAAAGAUUUACUUUAAUUUGAAUGAUUUGGAGUUUAGAGAUUUAGGGUUAGGGUUAGGGUUUACAAUUUGGGGUUUAGGGAUAAAACUCAAAAUUGGAAGUCUAGGGCUUAGGGUAAUCCGCUAAUUAGUUGUUAUCAUAUGUUAUAUCAUCAUAUUACACUAAUUCUAAAAAUUAAAAUUCAAAAUCCGAUACCUUAAGACUAGUUUUUGAGUUGGGUGCAUUGAGCGCACUCAUUUUUGUGAGUGCACCGAAGUAGUCACCAUAUAUAUAUAUAUAUAAGCAUCAUCACCAAACAUAUUGCUAAAAUUUAAUCAAAGAAGUAAGAGUAAAUAUAAUGUAGCCUAGCUGGUUAUAAUGUUCUUUCUUUUUUAGAGGGACCAAAGUUCAAAUUCUAAUGGUAACAUUUUUAAUACAUAAAGUUGAACUGAGGUGGAAUGACAAAAAUGAUGCUUUCUAGAUUUGACAACAAAUGUGAUGAUUAGUAAGGUAUUCCCCAUGACGGCAUGACCUGGCUUCUCAACGGCAUUUUCCUAACCGUUAUGCUUGGAUAUGGAUCCCUUGUGUAGGCAGAAACCGCUCCAUAUUCACUUCAGCCCAACAGGCCUCUCUCACCAAUUCAGUGGGCUUUGUGAGCUGAAGCAUGGGCCACGGAGUUGAAGGCCCUGGGCUUAAAGCUCUUCAAAACAGGACGAAUCAUACAACGCCAGCGCUGACGCCGGUUGAAUACUGUUUUAUGACUUAAUCUAUAAGCCUUUCAACUUCAACAAGUGAGAAGCAACGACUGGGAACUCCUCUGCUUCACUCGAUCAUCGCCUCGGACGAAAGUGACACAGUACAGUAGCAGCAGCGAUGUCAGGGCCUCAAUGCUGUGAAAAUCCACCAACGUUGAACCCAUCAAGUGGAGUUGGGCAUCUAGAGAAAGUGGCUGGCCUGGAUUCCUACGUCGCCGGCUCUCCUGAUUCCAAGUCCGCCAUUGUUUUCGUCUCCGAUAUCUUUGGAUAUGAUGCUCCGAAUUUGAGGAAGUUUGCAGACAAGGCUGCAGCUGCUGGGUACUAUGUGGUUGUUCCUGACUUCUUCUAUGGAGAUCCUUACGUUCCUGAUAACGCAGGGAGGACCAUUCAAAUCUGGUUGCAAGAUCAUGGAGCGGCGAAGGGAUUCGAGGAUGUCAAGCCUGUCAUCGAGAGCCUGAAAAGUAAAGGCAUCACUGCAAUUGGAGCGGUUGGUUUUUGCUGGGGUGCCAAGGUAGUGGUUGAACUUGCAAAACAAGACAACAUCAAAGCCGGGGUGUUUUGCCAUCCUUCAUUUGUCUCGGUAGACGAUAUAAAAGAGGUGAAGGUCCCCUUGGCAAUACUAGGAGCUGAGAUUGACCAGAUGUCUCCACCAACUGUCAUCAAACAGUUCGAAGAGAUCCUAGCUGCUAAGCCUGACGUCGACGCGUUUGUGAAGAUUUUCCCCGGAGUUUCUCAUGGAUGGACUGUGAGGUACAGCAUUGAAGAUGAAGCCGCAGUGAAGGCUGCCGAGGAGGCUCAUAAGGAUGCAUUGGAGUGGUUUGCUAAGUAUGUCAAGUGACUGCAGAAAGAACCACUCAUGCUGUGCAUUGCUGGGUACCCACUAUUGUCUAUUGUUAUCAGAAGUCUCGUGAUUUUACUCGGAAUCACAUUGUUCUCUUGUCUGCUCCUGUGUAUGAACUUGGGUUGUAUUGAUGUGGUCUCCUAUCUGGCUUUUGUGAAUAUGCAUCGACAAUAAGGAGAUAUGCCAUUCCUGUUACUUUGCAUAUGAAAUAAAUGGGGUGAAUUCUAAGGUUGGUUGAUUACUAAAACUACUUUCACACUACUUGAUUGAACUAACUUGAACUUCAUCCACCAGCAACCCAAUUUCCUGCAAAAUAGGACCAAUCUUUGCAUCCGCAACAGUUCGAGCAUUGCAGUUGUCUAUCAAAACCUUGGCAUCGCAACAAAUAGCUAAGCCUCCC